AUGAAAAAAGAAGAUUUGAUACUUACAUUAGAUAGUGAGGAGGAAUAUAGUGGAUCCGAAUCAGAAGUGGAGAAUGAAAUUAAAGAGAUAGAUCCUAGUUUUGAAUUUUCAUUAGGAGAUGAAGUAGAUGAAAUAAAGGAUUGGGAGGUUGAGGAACCUGUGAAGAAUGUAGAUUUAGAUGAGAUUAUUCAGAAGAAAAGGGAAGAAGAAGAAGAAGAAGAAGAAGAAGACGAGGAACAAGAAGCAGAGGUAGAGACAGAAGACAUAGAAGCAAACACAAAAUAUCAAUCUGACUCCGAAGAUGAUCAAGAGGCUAUUGAUGAAUUUUAUGAAUCCACAACCAAAGAAACCACCUCCAAGACUUUCCAAGAUUUACAACUUUCUCGUCCUAUACUAAAGAGCCUCCAAAGUUUAUCAUUCAAUACUCCAACACCAAUUCAAUCUUCCACCAUACCUAUUGCAUUAUUAGGUAAAGAUAUAGUUGCAGGAGCACAAACUGGUAGUGGUAAAACAGCAGCAUAUUUAAUUCCAUUAAUAGAACGUUUAAUUUUUAAAAAUUCAACAUCCACUAAAGCUAUUAUAUUAACACCUACUAGAGAAUUAGCCAUUCAAGUUUAUGAUGUUGGUAGAAAACUAGGUCAAUUUGUAAAUAAUUUAAAUUUUGGAUUAGCUGUGGGUGGAUUAAAUUUAAAACAACAAGAACAACAAUUAAAAACAAGACCAGAUAUUGUUAUUGCAACACCUGGUAGAUUAAUUGAUCAUAUACGAAAUAGUCCUAGUUUUAGUGUUGAAGAUAUUCAAGUAUUGGUGAUUGAUGAAGCAGAUAGAAUGUUGGAAGAAGGAUUUCAAGAAGAAUUAACUGAAAUAUUAUCACUUAUUCCAAAACAUAAAAGACAAACUUUAUUAUUUUCUGCAACAAUGAAUACAAAAAUACAAGAUCUUGUACAAUUAUCAUUAAAUAAACCAAUAAAAGUUAUGAUUGAUCCUCCAAAGACAGUUGCAACAAAAUUAGAACAACAAUUUGUACGUAUAAGGAAAAGAGAAAAUUUAAAACCAGCAUUAUUGUUUGCUUUGUUAAGUAAGUUAGAUGGAAGGAUUGUUGUGUUUGUGUCGAGGAAAGAAAUGGCACAUAAGCUUAGAAUCAUUCUAGGGCUAUUAGGAUUAAAAGUUGCUGAAUUACAUGGUGCUUUAACUCAAGAUCAAAGAUUAUCAAAUGUUAAAUCUUUUAAAGAAGAUAUAAAUGUUUUAAUAUGUACAGACUUAGCAGCUAGAGGGUUAGAUAUAAGGAUUGAAUAUGUAAUCAAUUUUGACAUGCCAAAAACUUAUGAAAUAUAUUUACAUAGAGUUGGUAGAACUGCAAGAGCUGGAAGAAAAGGUACAUCAAUAUCAUUUGUUGGUGAAAGUAAUCAAGAUAGAGCUAUAGUGAAAGCAGCAAUCACUAAUGGUAAAAGUUUAGCUAGAAAAGUUGAUUGGAAUGAAAUUGAAAAUAUAAAUAACAAAAUAUCCAGUAAAGAAAAAUCUAUAGAAGAAGUAUUAGAAGAAGAAAAACAAGCAAAAGAAAUCCUCAGAGCUGAAAUGCAAUUAAAUAAAGCAGAAAAUCUUAUGAAAUAUGAAAAAGAAAUACAUUCAAGACCAAAAAGAACAUGGUUUAAAAAUGAAGUAAUGGAACACUUAACAAAACAUGGUAAAAAAGUAAAUUCAAAAAAGAGGAAAGCAAAUGAAGUUAAAAAGGAUUCAGAGAAGAGGUCUUAUAAAAAGACAAAAAAUGAUAGAGCUAAAAAAAGUAAAAGGAAAUAG